UCCGGGGCGGUAACGGCUGAGAGCCCCGUCGGGGUGCUCGUGACAAUCGCGAGAGAAGAAUCCUUGCACGCAGCUCGCGACGGUCGGCUUCCAGAUCGUUCUUCGUUACCAGCGCCGAGCAGGAACACCGGCAACCGCAGCCCAGCCCGAAGAUGCAGCCAACCCAUGGCCCCACCGUCGGCGCAGAUGGCGCCCUGCUCACAUCGCGGUCCAUGCGCGCCGUGCCCCUGCUGUGGUGCCGGCAGCUGUACAUCAUCCUCUGGAAGAACGUGUACGUGAAGCGAAUCAGCCGCCACUACCUGACCACGGUGCUCGAGGUGGCGCUCAUGGUGACGCUGCUGCUGGGCAUCCAGGAGGACUCGGUGGUCCGGGAGCCCAUGGUGCGCCGGGGGGACACCAUGUUCGACACGAUCAAGACCGACGCCUUCUGGAACACGCAGAAGGACAUUGCCCACAUAGACACGGUGUACUUCGCGCCGAAGAGCAAGUACCUGUCGGCGCUGACGCGCUCGGCUUUCGGGCCGCUCCACGUGCGCAAGGUGAUCGAGGUGCCGACGGAGCAGCAACUGGUCGAGCGGGCCCGCGACGACGCCAGCUUCGGCAACGGCACGCCGGCGGCCACCAGCGUACUGCUCUUGUACACCAACUACGUGGACGCGAACGACACGGCGCCCGUGAGCCUGCACGUGCGCAUGUACGCCGGACGCCUGCCGUUUGACCUGCAGGUUUUAUACCAGCAGAGGCUCAUCUCUCAGCCCGAGGGACCCGUGGCCGAGGAGCGGUUCCCCGAGAUGAACACCCUGCUGCCGGUGAUGGGGGCGCUGCAGCAGCGCCACCUGGAGUUGCAGGCCGAACGUUUCGGCUACGCGCACCCCGUGGACCAGCUGACGCUGCAGCGCUUUCCCUUUCCGAGCUACCUCGAAUACAAGGACACCAAGAACUACGCGCUGGUGCUCACCCGGUUCUGCAUCGGCAUGCUCAUCCCUUUCUCCUUCUUCGUCGCUCGACUCAGCGACGAGAAGGCGAACGGCAUGAAGGAGAUGCUCCGGGUGAUGGGGCUGAGCGACUGGGUGUACUGGGCGAGCCACUACCUGAGUGGCUUCUUCAUGCACCUGAUCACCGUCACCCUCAUGAUGCUCUUCGUGAGCGUCAAGAGGAACGAAGAGGGCCGCGCCUUCAUCCAGUUCAGCGACCCGUCUCUGCUCUUCACCAUUCUCAUGUGCUUCUGCAGCAACUGCCAGAUGCACGCCAUACUGAUCUCCAUGUUCUUCGCCAGCUCCCAGUACGCCAUCGCUGGAGCCAUGCUCUACUGGACCUUCAGCUGCGUGAUGCCCUUCCUCACGUUGGAGCAGGGCGGCGGCCAAGGCUACUACUAUAUACAACGCAAGCACAAGCUGUGGACAUCCAUCUUUCCCGGCAUGAGCCUCCACUGGAGCUUCCGCGUCCUGGAGCGCUUCGAGAAGUUCGUCCCCGACGGGGCGAACUGGAGCAACUUCUACGACCGUUCCGCGACGCCGGACAACAUCACGUUGGCCGAGCUCUUGUUCGUGGGCCUGAUGUGCGACUGUACCAUCAUCUUCCUGGUGUGGUACUUGGACAACGCUCUGCACGUGGGCCCCGGCAUCUCAAAGCCGUAUCUAUUUCCAUUUAAGGUAAUCACGAUUCGUCGAUGCGAUUACAGUAUAGCUCACCUUACGAGGAAGUGA